UUUUUUUCUUUGACUCUAGUGGUUUUAAGUCGACAGCAGCGAAAGGUCCAGCUCAUGCGGAUUCGACAGAGAGAAGAGAGGCUGAAAAAGGAGAAGGAAAACAAGAAGAAGAAAAAGAGACAGAGCCAGAAAACAGGGCACAAGCAGAAGACUCAUUCCCAUCACAACCACCAGCAGUACCACCACCCAACAGCAUCUCACCCUCAUCACCAAACUCAGAGCUCUCAGCCUCCUAAAGUCCCUCCUCCUCCUCCUCAGACUGAGCCUGGCUACCACCGCAAAGCCAACUCCAAAAGGCGUUUUGAUGGAGAUGUGCUGUCUCCGAGUUACAUCAGGAGUUUCAGGGACAGACAGACAGACAGACGGGCGUACUCCCACAGUAGAAUGAUGAGCCGGUCUCGAAUGGCUGAACUUGACUAUGACUGCGGCUCUCAGGUGCCCCUUACAGCACCCAGUGGACCCCCAGUUCGCAUUUGAGGCAGUUAAUUGCACACAUCCACACACACACACACAUGUGCACCAUCACAGGCUACUUCAAGACUCACUGAUAAGGAUAAGAAACCUAACCUAACCUAACCGUGCCAACCCAAUCAACUGCCUAUUAAGCCAACAGGAGCUCAAAGUGCUCCAGAGGUGGUGUGACCCACACUGCUUUUCUCCUGUCAGACCCAGUGAAGUAUUUAUUUGGUCGGUUUUUUCCUUUUAAUGUCUAAAAACAGUGAUUUUCUUUGUCGAAAGUGUGAGAAUUAUGAGUCAUCAUAUGUUAUAUUUGGCUUCUCUGUAAUUGUACUUACAUGGAAAACACUGGAAACAAGUGAAACUCUCUUAUGCACAGUUAAUUAAACUGUCUCUGUUGAACAUUUGAUACGAAGAUUUAUACUGGUUGGUUCAAGCCAUACAAAGUCAUUUUUAGUGGGGAAGAAAAAAUCACUCCACAGGAGCCCCACAUCAUGUUAGAAAAAAAUUGCAUCACUUGACUUUCAUCAAGUUAAAAUAAAAGAACACUUUACUCCAAAGGUAAUUAAAGGAUUAAACAUUUUGACUUAAGGAAGCAUCUGCUGUGAAAAAUGACUGAAAAGCAACAUAAAAAAAAUCACAGCAAACACUGAAACUCAAAGGGAGCUCUUCUCAUUUAAAAGGUCAUUCAUGAAGUCUGCAUUUUAUCUUCACUGACAGCUUGUAAAUUCAAACGUGGCAGCACAAGGCCUGUACUGCUUCAACAUGCAGAAAGAGACAAGUUUAGGUGUGAAUUGGAUUAAACGGUUUACACCAAAGACAAUGUUUGUGUUAUUUCUGUUGUCAAUUAAGUGUCAUUCCCUGCGCUGUUGUGAUUUUCAAGGAGACUGUUUUUACAUCUCAACACUUUCCUUGUAUCCUCUAUUCUAUUGUCAGCCAUUCCAACUACAGACCUGAACAGGAUACUCAUCUGUCUGCUCCUCUUUCCUCUCUCCAUUAAACAUUUCUGUAAGCGAUGUGAUUUUAUUUAUUAACAGUGCUCUUGUGUCCCUUUUUGCUCUUUUCUACAAAGCUUCUGUUAAAGACAAAUAGCUGCUGCCCGAUAUUAAUCAUUCUGGAAUUUGAUUGAUGUAAUGAAGUCUGAGAAUAAUAGGCAACAGUAAAAAUGUUAAAAAAAAUAGUGUAUUUGUGUGUGUGUGUGUGUGUGUGAGUGGACACAUGAGCCCUGUGGCAAUUGAUGGAACAUACCAAAUACUGGCCAAGGAGAGGGGGGGUUUGUUGGAAUGGAUGCGCAGCAUGCUGUGCAUACAUUAAAUUCUCUCUUCUUUACCAGUUGGUGAAAAAUGGUAUGAAUGUAAAAUGUUUGAGUGAAAUGUUAAGUGAUUAAAAAAAAAGAGGCAGCAUCUUUUUUUUGAGAUAAGAGAAUGUGAAGAUAAAUGCAUCUGCAAGUGGCGCCCUCUGAUGUUUACUUCUGGACCUUUUUUUUCUGGCCUUUCUAUGUAUGUGUGUGUGCAUACGGUUCAUGUGUACAUGCAUUUGUGUGUUACUCACUUUGAAAUUGAAAUGAGUUCCUUACAUUAAUAUUGUUAUACUAAACACUGAGACAGGAGAAGGACUCUGAAUGCGAGAUGUUUAAGUACAGAAGGACAAAGUUGUUUUGUUUUUAUUUUUUGUUUUUUUUUCUUUUUUUUAAUUAAAGCUCUCUGGAAACAAAACAUUGUAGUUCAUGAACACUAUUGCUAGCAAUGUUGCAAUUCCUACCUAGGUUGAAUAUUACUAUAAAAAGCCCCAAAUGGAAGACUUGGUAGUAUGAAAGGAAAAAAAAGUUAUUAAAAUUCUGCCUCAAUAUUGUUUUUUUAAACUAUUGUUUUAUUAUAGAUUCUUAUUUCUGAGGUUUAGGAAAACAAAACAAUCUCACUGCACAUAAAUUAUAAAAUAAAACUUGAGGUAUGUAAGUUAGUGCCUGGAUUCAGCAAAAUUUACAGUACUUUUAGGCCCGAGGACCAGGGAUUUUUAUCAAAAGCCCGUUACUGCAUGUUGAUCAUUGUGUAUAUGUUUCGAUUGUGCUGUUGUCAUGUCACAGCUCUGACAUUUACACUUUAGUUUUCUGGUCCUGGGCCGAUGUAAGUAAAAAUAAAAACUCUCUUUCUAUCUCCAGUUCUCUUCUGUCUGUAAAGGGCUUUGAAAGGCAUUUGAAGCAUUUUCCUCUUUUUCACAUGCAUUAUGCCUGUUACAUCAGCUUCUGACCUGCUGUUUACUGUUAUUAAAUGUUGUUUCACGGUUGUGGCAGUACACGUGUUAUUUUUGGUUUUCUGCCUAUACUUCACUCCUGCUUUGAUCUGCUUUUGUGUUUUUAUUGUAGUGUAAUUCUAAACUAAACAUUGCCCCUCCUCUUGCUUGUAAUUUGGGGACGAAAAUGAAUAAUUCUUUCACUGAACUCUUCUUUUAUGUUGUUGUUUUUCUUAUUCCUAAUUUUUUUUUUUUUCAUUGCCUAUUAUAUAACAUUUCUGUUGAGAAAACCUUUGAUUGUAGAUAUUGACUUGUAAAUAAUUUUUAAGUGUACAAAUGUUUGGCUCCAUUUUCAUGUUUGCACCACAGUCAUGUAUGUAAUUUAUGCAGGCUAUUACUUCCUGGAGUAGACCUGUUAUAUUGUGAUUCUGCUGUAUGUCCAGUUUGCUUUGAUUUGGCUGAGCGGUGGAUACACUUCUCAUUCAGGUGUUUCAGUGUUUCAUGUUCAAAUUUAGCAAAGAAAAUGGACUCUGAUUCGUCCUUUUCGUAUCAUCCAAUUUAAAUAUGUAAAAAUCACCUGAUUAUUAUUAUUAUUAUUAUUAUUAUUAUUAUUAUUAUGUUAUUAAGCAUGGAUUUCUAUGGACCUAACAUAUGAUAAACAUUGUGAUUCUAUAA